AUGUCACGGUGCUAUCCUUACCUGAGCAACGGUGAGGCCGUGAGCCAAACCAUUAAGAGCGACUUGAAUAAACCAUUAACUGAUAAACUGAAAAAAGAGAAGCGAUCUAAGAUACAACACAAGAAAUCCACUUCACACAGCAAACUUCUUUCGAAGCGGAAGGACGAUGACGAACCUGGAAGAAGUAGCUUGACUGAGGAACAUGGCCGACCAGUCUGUCAUCACACUCUUUCAUCAGACAGUACUCGGAGCCGCCAUAAGAGAAAAAGAGAGGAAAAGAGAGGAAAAUCUGAGAAGAAGCUAUUCAAAGCAGAAGUUUUAUACAAAACCUUGUUUGGGGAUUGGACUGCACCACCUGUUGUUUAUCAUCAAACUAACUUUGAUGAUCAGAGUUGGCUUUCUGCCACGAAAACGCAAGAUAUUCGUUGUGACAAGAGAAUCAAAAUUUAUCAGCAUGACGAACCAGGCGAUGAGGCGUCUUCCUUUUGGCCCUGUGCCCGGAAUCUACCACAGGCUGAUAUCUAUGCGUUACCCUAUACUAUUUCAUUCUAA